AUGACUUCAUAUCAUCCAUAUCAUCCCCUCGAUAUUAACCUCUCUGGAAAGUAUGUGGAGAACAGUCUCAGUCCAUCUACACUCAUUAUAACUUUUGCGACAACAUGGGCUUUGCUACUCGGCGCAACACUCUUUGCCGUGAGAAGGUUCUAUCCUAGGCUCAGUAUAAAGGAUCAAGGACUCGUCCUCUGGUUCAUUUUGACGGGGUCAAUUCACAUAUUUUUCGAAGGAUACUUUGUCUACAACCAUGCUCGAAUGGCAAGCAGGACGGAUUUUUUUGGUCAGCUCUGGAAGGAGUAUGCUUUAUCCGAUUCGAGAUAUAUGUCCUCCAAUUCAUUUCUGCUGACCAUAGAGACGUGGACUGUCAUACUUUGGGGGCCGCUUUCUUACCUGACAGCUAUAUUCAUCACCACAAAUUCACAAUUCCGACAUGCGGUGCAAGCACUUGUCUCAACAGGGGAACUUUAUGGAAACCUGUUGUACCUCGUCACCAGUUUACUUGAUGAGCACGUUACUGGCAAGCGGUAUUAUCGACCGGAACCGUUAUACUUUUGGGUAUAUUUUGUAUUGAUGAACUCCAUUUGGUUGUUCGUUCCUGGCUUUGCUCUCUUCGACAGUAUCGUGGCCUCUGCGACAUCCUUCGAGUACUCAGAUCCCCCAAUUGAAAAACGCACGAAAAGAAACAAAGAUGAUGGAAGCAAAAAGGAAAAGGAAUAUCGCAAAGUUCCAGUCCCUCAAGAAUCCGACACCAGGUCAAGGAGAGGGAAGGCUAAAUCAUAUAAUGACGACUAUUCGGGUUAA